AUGGGUCGUGGGAAACUAAAGUUGGAAUUGAUGCGCAAUGAGAAAUCAAGAAGAUUGACUUUCAAGAAAAGAAAACAUGGUUUGAUCAACAAAUUGCAUCAGUUGACUACCCUAUGUGACGUCACCGCAUGCAUGAUCAUCUUUGAUGAUAAUAGUAAUUAUCAUGAACCCGAAAUUUGGCCUCGAGAUCCCGAAAAAGUCCGACGAAUCGUUGAAUCGUACGAUUCCCCGAAAUCAGUAAGUACCUUUGGUCUUUCUGAUUUCUUUCGUGACAGGACGAAGACAGUCGAUGAGGAACUCAAGAAACUGCGUAAGAGUAACUUGGAGUCCAAGUUUCCGAUUCGACAAGAGUUCUUGGAUUCUUUGACGGAAUCCCAGUUGAGGGAAUUUGGCGACGCAUUGAAAAACAAGGCUCGGAUUGCCAAAUCAAGAAUCGAGUUCUUGAAGAAUCAAGAAUCGACUAUGAAACAAGAAUUCUCGUCGACACUACUCGAUUAUCCGCCGCCCCCCGAUUUUGGAAAUCUUGAUCGUAAUCAAGAAACUGCUUCCUCUUCUUCAUCUGUCAUGAAUCAGAAUAAUUCUGUGGUGAUGAUGGAUUUUGCUCAUGCACCGAAAAGAUUCGGUCUCGAUGAAGAUUUCUGCACUUGGAAUAAUAUUCAUGAUCAAGAAACUGAUUUCGCUACGAAUAAUAAUCAUCAGAAUAAUUCUGUCGUGAUGAUGAUGGAUUUUGACCCGGAAAUAUUAGGUUUCGAUCCGGCCCGCGAUUUGUCCGCUUGGGAUUUUGACGAGCAAGAAAUUGAUUCUUGUUUGAAAGAGAUCAGCGAUGAUGCCACCAACUUUGAUGAUCGGCACUACUGCGGGCCCUCAUCAGAUAUCAUGAUUCCGCAGCACUACUAUACGGCGGCCGCACCGGUGGUGGUGGAGGACGUCGUUCUGCCGCCGCAGCUACAGUACUGGGAAAACGACGGUGGUGAUCAGGAGGAGGAUAUAUUGCAGUUCUUUGAUGGUUCUUUCUGGUCUUGA